AUGGAGGGAGAGAUGCAGCCCGCAGACGAGGGGCCCUGCGCCCCGAAGAUCAUGUGUCGACAACAACGGGGUCCGUGCAGCACCCUGAAACCUUUCCAGAGCAAGCGCUCCGCGGGGAAGUCGCGCUCCGCCGCGGCCGAGCCGCCUCGGUUCGGAGAUGCUUUCACCUUCCGUCCCGAGCCGCAUCCUUUCCAGCACCAUCACCACCACCCGCGGCUGCAGCAGCUCCACCAAAGCAGCGUAGCUACCAGCAGCAGCCCGCAGCCCCGCCAGGCACCCCAGCUGCAGCAGCAUCGCCUCCCCUGUGAGAGCAGGCCCAGCAGCAGGGUGCCGACCUCCACCUGCGCCGCCGCCGCGUCUCAGCUGCCGCGCGCCUCUCCAGACUGCAUCUACGGAAUCAGCACAGAGAACCGCCUCAUCCUGGACGCCUUCGCCCAGCAGUGCAGCAGAGUCCUUAACCUCCUUAAUAAUGGCCGCCUCCUGGAGACCCGAUCCUCCUCCCUCUCCUCUAACGUCAAGCUGGAAGCAGGACGAAACGACAUUCAGGGCCUUCACUGCUCCUCGCAGGCGAAACUGAAGUCUGAGGAGAGCUCCUCCACCACCGACCCCGAAGAAGAGGUCCGGCGAAGCCAUUUAAACCAACAGCAGACCUCUGCAGUUCUCCGCAUCUUCACAGACUCCCUGCAGAACUACCUGCUUUCAGGGACCCGGCAGCAACAUGUGACCGCGGGCCUCGAAGGCGAGCUGUGUCCGCCAGCAGAGCCUGGUUCGGGGGGGUCUCCAUCGAGGCACAACCUGGGAAGGUGGGGCUCCCCAGCUCCGUCAGAUUCAUACGGCCACCCGUCGUCCACGCUACCCGAGGAGGAGGAGGAGGAGAGCUGCUGUCCGCGGUGCCUGGAGCUGGAGCAGGAGGUGUUGUCUCUGCAGCAGGAGAACGAGGAGCUCCGCAACAAACUGGACAAUAUUCCAGUUCCCUGUCAAAAUGUUCUUGACUACUUCAAGACUGUUUUGGAGGUUCACAACCAGCUGGGCCAAGCGAUGCCAGAAGAGCAGCUCACCGAGGAGGAAGAACAGCAAACUGUCUUUGAGGGAAGCAAGCAGCUCCUGGAGAAUUAUCCGCUCUUCAUCAGCAACAAGCAGUGGGACGAGGCCGUCAACUCCUCAAAGAAAGACGGCCGACGGCUGCUGCGCUACCUGAUCCGCUACGUCUUCACCACAGACGAGCUGAAAUUCUCCUGCGGCUUGGGCAAAAGGAAGCGAUCGGUGCACUCAGGGGAGCCGGGCCUGGAGAGACGACCACUUAACCCCGUCAAAGUCAGCUGCCUCAGAGAGUUUAUCCGGAUGCACUGUGCCUCAAACCCAGACUGGUGGAUGCCCUCAGAGGAGCAAAUCAACAAAGUGUUCAGCGAUGCCGUCGGCCACGCCCGUCAAGGCCGGGCGGUGGGGACGUUCCUGGGCAGCAGCGGCAGCAGCACCAGCAGCCUCUACAUGGACGGCUUUGACGGACAUCUGUCGCAGGACGACUUGUUUCUGAAAGGCUGCCAGAACGGUCAGUCGGACUGA